AUGGAAUGUAGUGAUCACAAAACCACAACAACAAUUUCUUCAAUGAAUUCAUCAUCAUCAACGUUUGCUAGUACUAUUUCUACCACUCCAACAAGUGGAUUGUCACCUAAAAGUAGCAUAUUAUUAUCAACUCCUCCAAUGAAUAUUGUUCUUUCUCCAUGUGCUGCUUGUAAAAUCCUUCGUAGGAGAUGUGUUGAGAAAUGUGUUUUGGCACCUUAUUUUCCUCCCACUGACCCUCUUAAGUUCACCAUUGCUCAUAGAGUCUUUGGUGCUAGCAACAUCAUCAAAUUAUUGCAGGAGCUUCCAGAGGAACAAAGAGUGGACGCGGUGAAUAGUAUGGUGUAUGAAGCAAAUGCAAGAAUAAGAGAUCCAGUUUAUGGUUGUGCUGGUGCAAUUUGUCAAUUACAAAAACAAAUAAGUGAACUCCAAGCAGAAUUUGCAAAAGCACAAGCAGAAAUUUUGAAUUUAAAGUGUCAAAAUUCAAAUUUAUUGGCCUUAGUUUGCAUGGAAGUAUCAGAAAAUAGCAGCAGCAGCUUAUUAUUAUCUUCAGAUCAUAUUAAUGAUUAUGAAAAUAAUAAUGAUAAUACUAGCAUGUUUUUGGAAGACAACAAUUUAUAUGGAGCGUGGGAACCACUUUGGACAUGAUUAAAAUAAUUCAAUAUUAUAAUU